AUUACUCCUCUUGCGACGAGGGUUCUCGAGUUCCUCUCCAAUCGUCCGUGCAAAAGGCAAUCACAGUCGAUCGAUCGAUCAAUCAAUCGGUCGAUCACGCGUGCAAUCGUCGAGGUUCGCGAUGCGCGCGUGUUGUGACACGCCGGUCGUUAUGGAUACGUCGCGACGCCUCGGGGACCAGUGUAUAGCCUCAUCCCACACGUCGUCCAGGGUGUGUACGUAAUGUGUGUCGUCCUCAUCGUGGUCGUCGUCGUCGAAUAGAACUCGGGACGAUUCGCUAUGCCGAAGAACCGCCACUCACCUUCCGGUACUCUUGGUAAAGACGUCGCGCCGCCGCUGCCGCUGAAGAGAAAGACGGACCCCGGAUUCGGUUCUUGCUUCUUCCUUCCGUGAACCCGCGUCUUCCGCUACACACGCGUUCUCCGGAAGCCGAGCGAUGUUUGGCUUGAGGCCUCAGAGUGCUACUACGAGGCAGGAGAUUGAGAUGAUCAAUAAGGCCCAACGGGCCAUACACAGCACAACGGACGCGAUCGAGAAGCUGCGUUUGAUCUGCCUGGCUAGAGGUGCCAAUGGCAUCCUCGGUCUGGGUAGAAUAUUCCGUCGUCUGGACGAGGAUGGCAAUAAGAAGCUAAGUCAAGAAGAGUUCAAGACGGGUUUAGAAGAGACGGAGAUGGAACUAAGCGUGGAGGAGAUUGACGAAAUCUUUCAGAAAUUCGACACUGACGAGGAUGGAAACAUCAGCGUCGACGAGUUUCUCAUCGGCAUAAGACCACCGAUGAGUGAAAGCCGAAAAAGUGUGGUCGAGCAGGCGUUCAACAAGUUGGACAAAACCGGUGAUGGACGGAUUACUAUCGACGAUCUCAAAGGGGUUUACAACGUGAAAUGUCAUCCUCGUUACAUCAGCGGUGAGGAGAGCGAGGAGAGUAUCCUGAAUAAGUUCCUUUCGAAUUUCGAGCACGGCGGUAACGAGGAUGGCAUCGUAACGGCGGAGGAAUUCAUGAAUUAUUACAGCGCUAUCAGUGCAAGUAUAGAUCAUGAUGCAUAUUUUGACUUGAUGAUUCGCAACGCUUACAAACUGUGAUCUUCGUCUUUUAUGAGAUGACACGCCGAUUUUACGAUUCAUCCGUCCAUUCGUGUGCAAAUCAACAUCCAACAAUAUCUUCGUUCUGCUAAACACACACAAAAAAGAAAUAAAUUAAUAUAUAUUAGCUGCUACGUCGCCGAGAUGCUUUAGCUUGUCGUUAAACUCGCACAUAUUUCUGCUAAUUGCAAUCUAUAAGCGUAUAUAUUUGCAAUAUUAAUUGCCUUACAAUGUUGUAAUUGCUCGGUUGAUCGGACGAUCAAAAUUAAAAUGAUUAUACACACGUAUAACUUUAUUCAUCGUUAUAACUCACCGUGAAAUCAUUUUAACUUUGAUUAUCCGGUCGUUUGUCGAUUGAGAAAAAGAAUCCCUCGUAAAGAGAAAAAGAAAUAAAAAGAGCAUUAAAAAGUUUGUUAAAAAUUUAUCUCCGUUAUUCUUUCUUCUUGCCUCGUCCAAUUAUUGUAUACUCGAUAUCACAGCUGUCUAAAAAUUUUUGUUUAAACGAGGAAAGUUGUUCGCCGAUCACUUAUUCGAUAGUUUCUGCUUCUUCUUCGACGCUUUAUUAGUUAUUUAUCAACAAAAAGUUGGUUAUAGGGUCCAAUUGUACAGCGCGAGUCAUGGCGAAUACAAAGCGUCGUCCACGUGCACUAUCUACGUACAUGUCCUCUCUUUGUAAUGUCAUGUUUAUUCUUCUAUGAAUAAAUAUCGAAUAUAUAAUGUGAUUUAUAAAUAUCUUCACCUUUUGUAUUAA